UAUUGACUAACCUUAAUACACAAUCUCAUCCGACCUCUUUGUUUUACUUCAAUUGAUAACAUAACCUACUCGUGCAAAGAUUGUGUCACAUUUGAUGUAUUUAAUUUAUUAGUUUUUAAAUUCAGAAACUCUUGAAAAAUGGUUGAAGCAAUGAGACAGACAGUGGCUUCUAUGCUGAAAGGAAUAGAUAGGUAUAAUCCUGAAAAUCUUCUUCAGCUGGAGCGUUAUGUUGAAAUUCAAUCUCAAGAAAAUGCUUAUGAUUUAGAAGCAAAUUUAGCAGUUUUGAAGCUAUAUCAGUUCAAUCAGAAAUAUAAUCUGGAUAUAACUUCCAAAAUUCUUCUCAAGGCUCUCACUAAUUUUCCACAUACUGACUUUAUUUUGUGUAAAUGUCUACUCAGUGAAAAAAUGUGUUCAGAGGAUCCUAUUGCACAGAUAAUAUUUUUGGCUGAUGUUUUGGAAUGUUGUGACUUCCAAACAUUUUGGGCCCGAGUAGGAAGUAUGAACGAUCUCUUGCCAAAAAUUAAUAGCAUUACUGGUUUUCAUGAUUCGAUCAGAAAAUUUGUUUGUCAUGUUGUUGGCAUUACAUUCCAGACAAUCCACAGAAACCUACUUACACAACUUCUAGGAGGAGUUGAUGAUCAAACUUUAAGGCAUUGGGUGCAAAAAUAUGGCUGGAAAGAAGAAGCCAAUAACAUGAUAUUUAUUGCUAAUCAAGAUGAAAAUAUCAAAACGAAAAACAUUACAGAAAAAAUUGACUUUGAUAGUGUUGCUGGCAUAAUGGCUGCUUGUCGCUAAUGAUAACAUAAUACAUCCCUUUUUUGUCACUUUGAAUUAUUAUUAUUUUAUCACCUCAGUACAUUUUUCCAUUUAACAUGUUAGCUGUGGCUAUGGUUUCAGAGUUUCGAAUUUUACCUAUCUUACGAAGUGUAUAAACGGUCAUUUUUAAAAAUAUUUGAAUGGGAGUCAGAUAGAUGUAAAGAUAAAUUUAAAUGUAAAUAAUCAUUAUAAAUGAUAUGAAACUGUCAGACUCCGGGGACAGUAACCGCAGCUAACCUGAUAAUAAUUAACUGUAUAAAAAAAGUAUACAUUUCUUCAGUUUAAAUCAUCUUGAUGCCUGACUCUUU